UUCUAACUUUCCCAAUCCCCCCCCUAUAUAAGUACAGCCAGAGACAUAAGCAGAAGAUCUAACUACCAAAGUCAUUUUAAAAAUAUUGUUUGAUACUUUAAAUAUUAAUGGAAAAUGAGGGUACAUGAUCAACGACUGAGAUUUGAUGUCACAGACAAGCCAAUGGGUUUGACCGGAAGUUCUUUUAUCACGGCGAGAUCCAUCGCAGUUCUUCUCUUUGUCUCUCUGUCUCUUCUGAUUCUACCACCGUUCCUUCCGCCGCUUCCACCGCCUCCGGUGACGUUCCUCCUCCUCCCUCUUAUUCUCAUGAUUCUCCUCAUCUUCUUGGCUUUUUCUCCAUCUAAUGAGCCUAGCCUCGCCGUAGAAUCUCUCUACCCCUGAUGUCGCCGACUUGCAUACCGUCCGUAAAUAAAUAUGCGUUACACAAAUAUGUAUUAGUGUGUCUACAUGUAUGUAACGAGCAGAUUAAAGGCUUUUAGUUUCGUGCAAGCAAGAUCAUCUCAUGUGAUAGAUAGA